AAUCAUCAAUAAUACAAAACCCAAAAACCCUAACUCUCUCUCUCUACCUUCGACGCACGGUGGGUUUCCCCCUCAUGCGAAGCUUUCUCUCUUCCCUUACCCUACUUUUCUGGAGCUUGAAGACGCUCGAAGUCUUCCGUAUCCGAUACCUCGUGUAUCAUUGGUGCUCUCAUUAUGUCAACUCCCUCGUCCGAUACUAAUUGUGUUACCGAGCUCAGCCAAUCUAUGGUCCAAAUGCAGCGAGACAUGGAGGCACGCUUUUCCUGCCUCGACUCGGUACUCUCCGACCUUCAGGAGGCUUUGCAUGUCACCUCUAGCAGCGCCCGAGGCAAAAAACCUCGAGACGACGAUGCCAACCCUCACAGUGGGGGGUAUACUCCUCGGCCGAGAUUGGAGGCUCCUCGUUGCGAUGGCUCCGAUCCUUUACGCUGGCUAUACAAAGUCAAAGAAUAUUUUGAGUAUUACGAUACCCCACCGGACGACCGCUUGCGGCGUGUCAGAAUGAUGUUGGACGGCCCGGCGGCCGACUGGUUUCGUUGGCGAAAGAAUAAUAAUCUUUUGGAUGGUUGGGCUGACUUUAUCACCAAAUUUAAGCUUCGGUUUGACAUGUUACACUACGUGGAUUACUUUGGGCAAUUGGCUCGUAUGCCUCAAACCAGGAGCGUCAUGGACUACGAGACGGCUUUUGAAAAAUCCUGCCGAAUGUUACAGACGCCAGUGAAGCCCACCUACAAUCCUUGUUCCAUUCUGCUUCUUCACGUCCCCUCGCUCCUACCCUACGGCCCCCUACUGCCCACUCUGAAGAGAGCUGAAUUGGAGCCCACGCCGACAUCCCCAUUCCGCACUCUCACUCGUGCCGAGCGCGCCGCAAAGGACGCCAAGGAGCUGUGUUAUAACUGCGACCAGAAGUGGUCGCGUAACCACCGUUGUAGUCCGUACCUCCUUAUGAUCCUUGAUGAUGAUGACACUGAAGACACUACCGAUGGGGUUGCCCAAGAUGAGGUCGCUGUCACAGCCCGCAUAUCUAGUUUGAACAGCAUGGCCGGGGUUACGACCCCCCGCUCCCUGCGACUCUUCGCUACAGUCUCCGAUCAAAGUUUGGUUGUUUUAAUCGACGGCGGGAGCACUCAUAAUUUCAUCCACCCCACGCUCGUCGAACGACUUCGGCUUCCGGUCUUGGAUAUUGUACCCUUUAAAGUCUACGUCGGCAAUGGCGCCUAUCUGCUCUGUUCAAAGCAAUGCAUGGAUCAACUUGGAAGGGUUUCGCACGAUUAUGCGCAACUCACGAUGAAGUUUGUAUGGAACAGCACAACUAUCGUUCUCCAAGGAGAAACCCAACUGCCCAAGGCCAUAUCCGUGAAUUGCCUCUACUCUCCUCACACCAGACAGGAGCUCACGGACUGUUUUGAGGUGCUCCUCCUGGAAGACAUGCCGAAGGGGUCUGACGGCGUUGAAUUUCCUCCGUAUUUGCCCUCCCCUCAAGUCUGCCCCCAAACCGGCCAGUGGACCACCGGAUUUGCUUGCAUGCAGGGGCUACCUUUGUCCAGCCCCGUCCAUGUCCAUGCCGUCUGCACAAUCCUACAAGGCGGCACCCCGUUGGUUCAAGGGUUGGUUGAAUGGUCUGAUGGCACUCUUGACGACGCCACUUGGGAGCCGGUGGAACACUUGCACCAGAACUUUCCCCACUUACACCUUGAGGACAAUGUGGUGCUUGAAGAGGUGGGGAAUGUUAUGAGCCCAACUUCACCACAAGACGAUAGGCUUUUGGGAGGCGUAGCGUUGGAGCAGGUGCAGCGCAGUCAACGCUCGCGAAAGCCACUAGGGUGGCAACGAGAUUAUUCUCUCUAAAUAUUAUUAUUUUAAUUUACUCCUUUUAAUUAUGUAAUUUAGAUUUUCUUAUGAGAGCGAAAUUAUAAGCUUCUUCGAGGGUUUCUUUACGGUUCUUUACCUCGUCGCUCUUUUUGAACCGUUAGGAUAGAUAACCUAGUUUAAAUAGGAUUAGGGUUUUACUUUCACCUAUAAAAGGGGAUGUAUUCC